CUUACCUUUACUCUGUUUCUUUCUCACUCUCUUUCUCACUGCAACUUGCUUUCUGAAUCCCAAGAAGAAGAUGAAGAUGAAUGGAGGAGCUAUAGAAGCUGAUCUUUUGCUCAAUUGUACAGACAUGUCGGUCUUAGAGCGACAAAGGGCUCAUCUCAAGUACCUCAAUCCUGGCUUUGAUUCUCCUCUCGCCGGCUUCUUCUCCGGUUCUUCAGUGAUUGACGGCGGCGUGAUUGACGGCUUUCUUGGGACGGACGGUUUGAAUCUUCCGAUGAUCUACGGGGAGAACACGGUGGAAGGUGAUCCAAGACUCUCUAUUUCGCCGGAAACGAUGACUGGGACUAGAAAUUUCAAGAAAAGGAAGUUUGAUACAGAGACCAAGGAUUGUGAUGGGAAGAAGAAGAUGAUGAUGAACAGACAUGAAGAAGAAGUAGAAGAAGAAGAGAAGUCGAAAAUAACAGAACAAAACAAUGGGAGCACAAAAAGCAUCAAGAAGAUGAAAAACAAAGCCAAGAAAGAAGAAAACAGUUGCUCUAACGAUUCAUCAAAAGUGACGAAGGAGUUGCAGAAAACGGAUUAUAUUCAUGUUCGUGCACGACGAGGCCAAGCCACUGAUAGUCACAGCAUAGCAGAAAGAGUUAGAAGAGAAAAGAUAAGUGAGAGGAUGAAGUUUCUACAAGAUUUGGUUCCUGGAUGCGACAAGAUCACAGGCAAAGCAGGGAUGCUUGAUGAAAUCAUUAACUAUGUUCAGUCACUCCAGAGACAGAUUGAGUUCUUAUCAAUGAAACUAGCAGUUGUGAAUCCAAGGCCAGAUUUUGAUAUCGAUGACAUUUUUGCCAAAGAGGUUGCCUCAACUCCAAUGACAGUAGUGCCAUCUCCUGAAAUGGUUAAUUCCGGUUAUUCUCAUGAGAUGGUAAAUUCCGGAUAUUCUAAUGAGAUGGCUAGUUCUGGUUAUCUUCAUUUCAACCCAAUGCAGCAAGUGGAUACCACCACUUCUGAUCCACUGUCAUGCUUCAACAAUGGCCAAGCUCCUUCGAUGUGGGACUCUCACGUGCAGAAUCUUUAUGGCAGUUUAUGAGUUUGAUCAAGACACCAUCCACACACCUUAACAACGUUCCCUAGUUCUUAGGUUACAACUUAUUUUUCAAGUGGCAGGAUCAAAUAUUGAUAUUAUUUAUCGGAAGAGAGAGCAAACUUGUAGCUGUUAUUUACUAGUUUUUAGUAGAUUGACUUAAGGCUUCCCCCUCAUUAUUUUAUAUGUAUCAAAAAGAGUGUAUACAGUAUUGUGUAUAAUUGCAUACUAGUAAUAUAUUUCUUAUUAGUGGA